GUCAUCACCGAGGCGCCAAUAGAACUAAAACAUUUGCCAUGUUGGCAAGAGUUAAUGGAUCACAUGGACCAUAUGACAGUCGCGGAGUGGUGUGCGCCGAACUCUAGUGACGUGUGCGUGUGGUGGCGAGGGGAGCGAGGGUGGUUAGUUCUUCAAUGUUUUAGUUUCAAUAACGUAGAUCCUGUGACCUCUUUAGCGCCUCCAGAACCUCAGAUCAAUACUGAAGCUGCUGUGGUAACGAUGUGCGAAAUGGAAGUACUCGCAGCUGAUCUCAUGAGCGACGACGUGUUCGAGUCGCCGGGGGACGCGCCGGGCAGUGCGGGGCCCGCGCCGGCGCCCGGCCUGGGCGUCUCCCAGGAGCAGAUGCACAAGACGCCCUCGCCCACGGGCUACCCCGACUACCAGCCGCCCGCGCAGCUGCUGGCCGGCCUCCCGCCCAGCGCCGACGCCGACGCGCCCGUGCACAAGACGAUCCUGCUGGGCGACUCGGGCGUGGGCAAGACGUCGCUCCUGGUGCAGUUCGACACCGGGCGCUUCCAGUCAGGCAACUUCUCCGCCACCGUCGGCAUCGGAUUCACGGAAUCGACAAGGAGGAGGAGUGCCAUCAAGGCAACUCUGAGGAAGAUUGACAACGCCUUGAAAGAGGACAGAGGGAAAUAUCGUAUUGCAGCAAGAAAGAGAUUAGAGAAGAAGAGAGACGACCGCUGA